AUGUUAGAUAGUGGAUUAGAUAUUCCAACGACAACAACAACUAGUACUUCCACAACGAGCACAUCAACAACUUCAACAACGAGCACAUCAACAACUUCAACAACAACCACAUCAACAACUUCAACAACAACCACAUCAACAACUUCAACAACAACCACAUCAACAACUUCAACAACGACCACGUCAACAACUUCAACAACGACCACAGUAACAACUUCAACAGCGACCACAGCAACAACUUCAACAACAGCAACAACAGAAACAACAUCUACAAGUACUUCAACUUCGACCUCUACGACAACGACAACAACGUCUACCACAUCAACUACAACUACCUCUACUACAUCAACUUCAACUACGUCUACUACAUCAACUUCAACUACCAGUACAACAACUACAACAACAGCUUCAGUUCCUCUUACUGUCAGUGGAGCACAAAAUAAUUUUGAUGUAACAGGUUUACCAUCUGGUUGGACUUUAUGUUAUUAUGAUACAUAUAAUGUUGCAUUAAACUCGACAGUUCUUGAUACAAUUCUAACUCAAUGUAACAAAGGCAAAUUGUUAUUAGGCUGUGGACCUAUAAAUUCAAGUGUAUUGACAUUAGCUGCAAUGGGUCUUCGAUCUGAUGUACUUUAUAAUUGUGGUAAUACUACUACUUGUACACAUACAGCUAAUGGGGUUGGUUGGUACUAUUCUUCAGAUUACUCUUGGGGAUUUGUUGAAAACCAAGAUACCGUUUUUCGUAAUCGUUGUGAUGUUGAUAUAAGUAGUCAAGGUUCAAGUAAUUCAGGUCUACGACUCUGUUGGCAUACUGGUUCAAAUUUGGGUGGAUAUCGAUGUGGUAGUUCUGUUGGACUUAAUUCUGAUACCACUUAUGCACGAUAUAUUUAUCAUGUUGAUUGA